AUGGCGGACUCUAGCAGGGACCGUCUGCUGCGAUUAGUGCUGCAUGGUGCCGAGGAAGCACUGCAGGAGAGCCAUGGCAAGGCAAAGGAGGUCAUCAAGAGGCGGAGGGACAACAAGCAUGCGGCGUCGCAGGUGCCCGAGCUCUCUGAUGCAGUCAAAUCACGGCUUCAAGAGGACGCGAGGCAGCUGUCUCUGUUCAAGCAGCAAUGGCUGCAAGACCACCAGGCAUACCAGAAGGACCAGACGGCCGCGGCCAGGGCGCUGGACUCUCUGCAGCAUGCCGCCUCUUUUGAGGACAUGUCCAGGGAUGGCGACAACGGCGCCGGCGCGGCGGACCGACUGGCGUCCCUAUUCGCGGCGCUGCACAGGAGCGGCGCAAAGGGCUGGAGCGUGGCGCCUGGCGGCGCCGACGUCUCCCGCCCGGACGGCGCCCCCUCGCAGGCCGCCUCCCGCGCCGCCUCGCGCCGCGCCUCGCGCGACGGCGCCGCAGCCGCCAGUACCGCCUCAGCCGCGACCGCCGUCGCCGCCGCGCACCGCUGGGCCGCGGCCGCGCGCCACAGCAUCGAAGAUUUUGCGGAGCUGAUCCGCCACCCCGGCUCAACCUCAGAGGCGCACGACGGGCCCCUGUCGCGCUCCCUGUCGGCGGUGCGGCAGCGGUCCGCCGCGGCGGCGGAGGCGGGCGCGCUGGUGGGGCAGGCGCUCGGCCAGGUCGUGGAGGGAGAGCGCGAGGGCGCAGCCGCCGCGGACGGUGCUGGGCGGCAGCUCGUGCUGCCAGUGGACCUCGCCGCCGCCGCCGCCGCCGCCACGACAGGCGAGCUGUCUGCGCGGCCGUCGGACUCUGACGCCGGCGACCGCCUGCCGAUCGCCAUCUCGCGCCGCCCGCUCGGCCGCGGCCCGCUGGCGCAGUCGAUGGCGGUGCGGCAGAGCGCGACGCUGUCGCAGACGCUGGGGGGAGAUGAGGAGGCGUUCCACCGGCUGCUGCAAGGGGCGCUUGCGCCCCGCCCGGCUCCGACCGUUGAGCGGCCCUCGGAGCAGCAGCAGCAGCAGCCCCAGCAGGGCGGCGCCGGGGCGGCCGCGCCUCUUCCCUCAUCGACGGCCGGCGCGGGCGCGCAGCCUUCAGGUGCCCUCGACGCGCCCCGCCCCUCGCUGUCGCCGCAGCCGUCCGCACGACCGUCCCAGUCGCUGCCGGGGUCACGGCGCGCGUCCACCCUCGCCGCGGCGCCGAGCGGCUCGGAGGCCGGGCAGAUCGUUACGUGGGGCAGCGGCCUCGCGGAGGCCAUGCGCCGCUCGAGCGCGACGCGGUCCUUUCGGCGCACCACCAGCACCGCAGCGCCCCUGCCACAGGGCCCCUGCGCCGGCGGCGCCGUCGCACGCGCCCCGAGCUCGGCACCGCCCCCUGCAGACGGCGCCUGGCCCGGCCCCGCCCGCGCCGCUUUGGGCAGCUCCGCCGGCCGUGCAGGCCCGGGCUCUUUGGAGGCGGGCGCGCUGCUGCCGCGCCGCUCCCUGCAGCUCAUAUCGCCCCCCACCACCGCCGCCGGCGAGGACACAGUCGCGGAUGCAGAGGGCGGCGGGGACGGGGAACUGCUGGAGUUUGACCUGCUGGACGGCGCGGCGGCGCAGGCCUCACUCAGCAGGCGGCAGGCCGACGAAAUAGAGGCCCGGCUGGGCCUGCCGCGCCCCGCGGCGGGGCCUGCCGGCGCGGCGCCGGACGGCGGGGAGCCGGAGGGGCGGCACAGUGGGGAGGCGCGGCCGGAGGGCGGCAGGGGCCGCCGGAGCGCCGCGACGCCGGCCAUUCCCGCGUCCGGUCGCCGGGGCGCCGUGGGGACGCCCGGCAGGGGCGUGCAGCCCAGCGUGUUCGCUUAUUACAGCGGAGAGGCUCCUCAUCAAUUUCAGCACCAGUACCACCAUCACGAGCAGCAGCAGCAGCAGCAGCAGCAGCAGCAGCAGCAGCAGGAUGCGCCCCGCCCCAUGGCCCUGGAGGAGGCGUACAGUGUCUCGCACCCCGGGGCCCUCAACCCCCUGCAGGCCGGCCUGCACAGGGCGCGCUCGACGCGGGGGCAGGGGCGGCCGGCGGACGAUUUUCUACACUACAGCAGUGCAAGCGGCGUGCUGGGCGUGGCGUCGCUCCCGCCAAAGCCGCGGCCGCCGUCGCGCGCGGCCUUGCUCGCGCGGCCCGCGCCGGGGCCCGGCGCCCCGCCGGCGCCGGGGCCGCUGCUCGGCGCCCACCGAGAGCUGCCCAGGGCCCUAUCUCAAGGCGUGCCGCCGCCAGCGCCCGAGGGCGCCGCGGCCACGGCAUCCUCGCGCCCCCCGUCGGGCGCCGGCAGCGCGCCCCCGCCUCGCCGGUCGCCGUGGGGCUGGGAGGCGCUGGGGCUGCCCACGGGGCCUGGGGUGCCGCUGGCCGACCCCACGAUCGACCCGCAACGCAAUACGAACAAGUACGCCCAGAGCUGGUUCGGCCCCGACUGCAGUGCAGAGCGCGCCGCGGCGGCCGGCGGCUUCGCCGGCGCGAGCGGAGGCGGCUGGCCGCGGCCGCGCGGCGGAGCCGCGCUCAACGCGCAGGAGUGGCUCGAGCAGCAACGCCGCAGGGGCGGCUACGGCGGCGACACCGCCGCCAGCGCUGCAGUGCCGCCGCCGCUGCUGCACAGCAUGGUUGGCAGCAGCAGUGGCGAGGGCGGCCCGAGCAGGGGCGGCAGCCAGGGGAGCGACUAUUUCGAGGCGCACCGCGCCGGCGCCGGCGCCGGCGGCGGCGACGGGCGGCGCGCCGCUGCGCUUCGCUCGCCGCCGCAGUUCCUGACGGACCCCUUCCACCCUUCCAGUCCGCUUUUUCCUAGCAACGCGUGA